AUGCUUUCAUAAGUAGAACUCAAGUAUGAUCCUUUUUUAAAAGAGAUAGAACUUUAUUCUAAGACAAGAAGGAGUUUGAAAGCAAUAAAAAAUUAAGGUUAAGAAUUGUAUGUUGUUUCAAAAUAAUGGCUUCGAUAAUGGAAAUACUACGUAGAGUAUAUCGAAGGGAUUGCUCCAAACUAACAUAGAGAUAAACCUGGAGCAUUAAAUAGCGAAUUAAUUUCAAAUGAGAAUUUUCUAUUAAAAUAUCCAAGGGAUCAUGCCUUUAAUUAGAAAAUAAUCAAAUUACAGCCUGAAGAUUAUGUUUUAGUCAAUAAAGAAAUGAUUAAUUUUUGGGAAAAUGAGUAUGGUGCAGAUUUGAAGAUAGCAAGAUUAGUCCAUUUCAAUAAAUAAGGUGUUCAAUUAUCAAAUGUGAAUUUACUAAGACAAUCUGUUUACAUCAAUGUUCAAAAUCCAAAAAGAGGAAUUCUGUAAGUAGAUGAAACUUGCCUCAUUAAAAAUUGGAUUUAGUUGUUAAGUGCAGCAGUGAAAAAUGAAUUCCAAAUUAAAGUUGAAAAGAUAAGACUGUGGAAACACAAGUAUUUCUAAGGAGAUUAUGCAAUUAAAUAGUUGGAGGAGCACUAGGGACGUUUCAAUGGAGAAAUUUUGGAUGAAAAUCUUAAGGUUGGCGAUUGUAAAGCUGAUCUAAUAUUUAUUGAUAUUCAAACAGAUGGAAAAUGGCAAUAUGAUAUUUUAGAGAUGAAAAUUGCUUGUUCUGAAUAGUUUAAACAUUUGUAUGAAAAAGCAUCCAAAGGAUGUGGUAAAUUCAUUUGUGAUAAAGAUUAUUGUAAAAGUAAUCCAAUAUUUUCAUAAAUUGGGUUUGAUAAGAAAACUCUGUAGCAAUUCCUAAUACAAUAAUUUAAGGAAGACACUAUAGAUUGGAAUAAUGUAUGUUGGAAUUAAGUUAUAGAAUAAAAACCAAUUUAAUAAUUUGAGGGUGAUAUUGUUGUUGCUUUAGGUGCAUUAUCUAAUUUUCCGAAUAGUUUUGGGGCAUCGUUCAUUCUUAACUUUAAUAAUUGUUAUGAUGUGAUUAAUUACAAUAAUCUAAAUCCUGAAUUGAAUUUAUAAGUUAUUUAAUAGGUGAAUAAUGUAAUAAAUGUGAAAAUCCUUGGAUAAUGGGUGAACAAUUUGAUUGCAAACUAAAAAUAAAAUAUUUAUUUUGUGAGAUCAAUUAUAAUAAUUAUGCAUUUCAAAUAAUUUAAUGUUUUUUUACAUUAAGAGCAGAAUAGAAUUUUAGAAGCAUUUUUGACUAUGAAUGCGGAAGAUAAGAAUCUAUUAUCCAAUUAUCUAACAAUUUUGCCUGAUGAAUAUUUUAUCAGAUACAUAUAGACUAUUACAGAGAUAGUUGGAACAUUUUUGAAAAAAGAAUCUAUAAAAUAAAUUUAAUUACUAAAAAAAUCUGAAAUCCAAUAUGUUCAAUUGAUGCUUGAACUUUUACAAGUAUUUUAUAGAUCUAACUUAAUUGUUAAAAGAUUAAAUCCAACUAAAUUUUAAAUAGCAGAAAUUGCUAAAUUAUAUCCCAAAUAUGGUGAUUAAUUGGAAUACUUCUAAUUCGAUAGUUAUAUUAAAAAUGAUUUAGAAAGAUAUUAUUUUACAUUUUGUUAAUAUCCUUGGGUUAUACCAUUGGAAUUCAAAAGUGAAAUCUUAGCAAUUGAUUCAAGAAUGAACUAAAAACAUUAUUAUGAGAGCUCAUUAAUGCUCUUUUAACCAUUCUUAAAGUUGUAGAUUGAUCGUAAUGAUGUCGUAAGAAGUGCAUUGGAAGCACUAUCAAGGGAUGAUAUUAAUUUAAAGGCCAAACUUCAAGUAGUAUUUUAGGGGGAACAAGGCAUAGAUCAGGGUGGAUUAGCAAGAGAGUUCUUCUCGUUAUUGACAUAAAAGCUGUUUGAUUUGAAUUUCGGAAUGUUUCUUCCAAAAAACAAUAAUUCCAUUUUGUGGUUUAAUAAACAUAAUAUGGAAAUGCCAAUCAAAUAUGAAUUAAUAGGAAUGAUCUUAGGUUUGGCAUUGUAUAAUCAAGUGAAUUUGGAUCUCCAGUUUCCAUAAGUAAUAUUUACGAAAUUGAUGAAUGAGCCAACUUGUUUUGAAGACCUAAAGGAAUUGGAUCUAGAAGUUUAUAAGGGACUGAAUACUCUUGCAGAAUACAAAUAAGAUAAUAUUGAAGAAGUAUUUGCACUCAAUUUUACUAUUACUGAAUCAGUUUGGGAUGACAUUAUUGUAGUUGAAUUGCUUCCUAAUGGAUCUUAAAUCCUAGUUAAUCAAAAGAAUAAGCACGAAUAUAUAUAAUUAUGCGUCAAUUAUUAUUUGAAUGAGUCAAUCAAAACUCCAUUUAAUUCAUUUAAGAAAGGAUUUUGGAGAGUCGUGGAGGGGAAUGGAAUUAAAUUGUUUUCGGGCUCUGAAUUAUAACAAUUGAUAGUUGGAUAAAAGAAUUUUAAUCUACAAGAACUAGAGGAUUCAACAGAGUAUGAUGGUUUCGAUAAGAAUUCUGAAUACAUUAAAUAAUUUUGGACAUUCCUACGUUCUUUAAACGAGGAAUAACAAAAACGCUUUUUGUUCUUUUGCACUGGUUCUGACAGAAUACCUGUUGGUGGAUUGAAAUCAUUAAAAUUAUAGAUUUAAAAACAUGGAGAAAAUUCUGAGUAAUUGCCUUCAGCACAUACUUGUUUUAAUGUAUUUUUAUUGCCAUAGUAUGAUUCUAUAGGGAAAAUGAUUACGAAAUUAUAAAUAGCUUUGUAAAAUUGUGAAGGAUUUGGACUUAUGUGA